AUGCAGGAGCUAGGCUCUCACUCCCACUCUGCCAUGUCCUCGUCAGGAAAAGCUGCUGUUGCCCCCUCCUGCCUCUCCACCGAGUGCUUCGACACCCUGACUAGGUCGUGCAUCAAGUGCUCCGACUUGUUCAAGGACAACACAACAGAACCCACCCUGGCACCCACCCUGACCAGCAACUUCCUGAGCUUUGGGGUCCCGGUAGCAGUGGGGUUCAUCCUGAUUCUGGCUGCCCUUUGUGGCUUCCUGGUCUGCAAGGCGGGGAAGUGGAGAAGGAAGAGGAAGCCGGCGGAUGAAGAGGCCAAAGCAAACAUGAAUGAUGCCAGCCUCCUGCCCAGCCAGGACCCUGCUGUGCCAGAGGGAGAUGGUGGCCUGGCCCCAGCCCCAUGCCCACAUCUCGAUGGAGGCCUGAAGAUGAUGGGGCCACCUGGGAAAGCCAGGGUGAAGCAGAGGCCAUGCUGCCAGGGCAAUGCUGACGGUGACAUCGUUCUGCUCUCCACCGUGUACCCCCAGCAUGAGGAAUGCAACCAUGGCUUCCCACUGCCUGCCACUGAGCUGGGGGCCACAGCUCUGGUCACCACCAAAACCACCCAGAACUGCGCCAGAGAGGAGAGAGUCUGA